AUGCCAAAUGAGAUCAAGGGUAGGAAAAGUUUCAAAGGUGACAGGUACCAAAUGAUAAGGAUAGAGAGUGGUAGUAAUGCGGAUACUGUUAAAACUUCUAGUAGUAGUAUGAACGGGUUAAAAAACAGCAUAAAUAUCGAUGAUACUACGUUGGAAAAGAUAGCUCAAUACCGGAAGCUGUUAAAGAAAACCAAUCCAAGUAGUAGAAAUGAAGUGAAAAAUGAAUUGGAUGUGAUCAGAUUACUUCAGAACUCAUUAUUACAUCAAGAUCAUAAACGUGAAUCACAUAGCGAGGACAUUAGUGUACCUUUGAUAAUGAAAAAUACCACAAAUGUGUCUACUGAAAAAAAGAGAAGGUCAUCGAUAACUGAAGAGAGUAUACUUAGUGGAACGACAUAUUAUAAUCAAAAUACUAAUUCUACAACUAAUACAACUAGUGCUUCCAAAAAUAGAAACCGGUUUAGUUUUGUUUCUUCUAAUGAUACUGAAUUCGAUGAAUUUUUAUUCCAUGAAGAUAUCACUUUAAAUUUACAAAAUAAUGAUGAAAAUGAAAAUGAUUAUAUUAGAAAAGUAGACGAAUUAGAGAUGGAAUUGAAUGAUUUAAAAUUACAAUAUUGUCUGCUGAAAGAUACAAUAGAUAAUAAAGACCAUAUAAUAAAACCCCAGGAGUCUCAAACGGUCUUACUUCGACAACAACCGGAAACUUACACAAGUACAGGUAAUAAUAAUAAUAAUAAUAAUAAUAGAUUCAAAAUGAAACGAAUAACGAAAUCGGAGUUGGAUACUCUUGAUGCGAGUAGUUUAAGUAGUAUAGAUACAUAA